AUGAGUGAGCAGACAAUUGAUGAAGCAGAGAGCUUGCUCACUCAUGAAGUUGCAUCGCUUGAUCCUCUUAAGCUUUUCAACAAAAUCAUUGCUCUUGAUGAUGUUAAUGAAGACAAUGGUUACAAGCUUUUGAAUCAAAAUGAGCAUGAGAUUAACACUGAAAGGAAGGACUCUAUUUCUGCAUGUAGUACCAGUUCACUCAUUGAUGACAAUUCAGAAAUAUGCUCAAAACCUCAAAGUAAUGGAACAACCAAAACUGAAAGUUUCACAAUUAUGCAAGUCACUAGCUCCAGUUCAACAAAAGCAGGAUCAGAAUCAACAAAAAAGGAGUUUCUUGGCUUUUUCUUGAUGAUGCAUCUCUCCAAGCAAAAGGUGGAGAAAUCCGAGAAGAAGUUCAUUGAGAGACAACAACAACAACAACAACAACAACAACAACAACAACGAGAAAAAAAGAGGAGAAAAUUAUUGAUUGAAGACGAUGAUGUUGAAGACAAUGAUCACAAGUCUAUGAACCAAAAUGAGCAGAGGAUUGAAACUCAAAUUCAAGAGGACUCUAUUUGUCCAUGUAGUAGUUCAGUCACUGAGAACAAUUCAGAGAAAUGCUCAAAACCUCAGAAAUCACAAUCAUGUGAAGUCACUAGCUCUAAUACAACAAAGCAGGAUCAAAAUCAACAAAAGGUAUGCUUGGCCUCUCUUGAUGAUGCAUCCCUCCAAGCAAAGCUAGAGAACUCUAAGAGGAAGCUCAUUGAGAGACAACAACAAGAAGAAAAGAAGAGGAGAAAAAUACAAAUUAUUAAACCACUGGCCGAUCUUCCAAAACAAGAACAACAACAAAUUAGAAAACAAAGUCCAUUCAAACCAAAGAAAAAGCUUGGAGUGAUAAUCAGAUGCUAG